UCAUUCACGCCCGAAACUCCUGUCUAGCGAUCAGUCACUCAUUCACCACUCACCAACUCACCGCUAUAUCCACAUACGCAUAACGCUGUUGAACGACGUUACGAUCCUUUCGACAACCGAUACUCACCACCCAAACUCAACAUGCGUUACUCUUCUGCCGCGGUGCUGAGCACCCUCGUUGUUGGUCAGGCUGCUGCCGCCAACAUCCACAACCGCCACGCGAGCUUCCACGCCCGUCGCGAAGCUGCCUCCAAGCGCCAGGACCCUGCCGCCCCCGUCAACUGGGAUGCGCUCAGCUACGACCUUAAGGACGUCAACUGGGAGAAGGUCAACUGGAGCUCCGUCUUCGCCUCGUCUGCGGCUGCUGCCACCCCGACUCCUGAGGCCGCAAAGCCCGCCCCUGUCGUAACUCCUACUCCCGAGGCCGAGAAGCCCAAGCCUAAGCCCGCUGCGCCUUCCAGCACCGAGGCUUCCUCAUCCGCCCCCGCACCUAAGAAGACCGAUGAGCCUACCAGCGACAACCCCAUUGGCGACCUCGUCGAUGAUGUCUUCGCUGGUGUCGCCUCGAUUGCCAACAAGAUCGGCGCCAAGGUCGGCAAGAACGACAAGCAGAACAACGGCGGUAUCUGGAUUGGUGACGACUCCAAGUGGGGUAUGGAGGUCACCAACACCGGGUAGCGACGAGGCCGUCUACUACUGCUGGCCAGGCCAAGGGUUUCGACGGCAUGUCCAUCAACAAGUGGGUGCCCGAUGUUUCCGUCGGCCUGAAGCCCGGGAAGUCCGUCAAGCUCUCCUUCGCUGCCAGACGUUCCUGCUGCGUGCGCCCCGGCGACUGCCAAGAACGCCCUCGCCCUUUUCGGUGGUGUCGACAACACCUGGGCUGAGGUCACCUUCGGCCAGUGGGGUGCUUUCGACGUCUCCCGUAACGUCAACAUGAAGGGCUGCAACAUCAGCAUGAAGGGCUCCAAGUGCCUUUCUGACAUGGAGACCUGCGUCUUCAAGUGCAACUCCGGCGACUCUUGCGAGAAGGGCUACGACCUCCACAACUGCAACGCCAGCAACGGUGGCGGCGGCGGUUACGACGUCGUCAUGCAGGGUACCGGCGGUGGUUGCGCCAUGGCCUCUGAGGGCGAAUGGAUCAAGGUCACCUUCGACUAAACGCCUCGUCGUUUGUUGGUCGGAGUUGUAACGUCUUUCCUGGUCCUUUGAGCUCGUCUAUAUCCUCUUCCUCAUACCCCCAUUACUUUCGCCGUUUUGGAUAUUCAUCGUCCGACUCGGGCAAUAUUGAUACCCGCUGCGUUGCUCUUGGGUAGUCGGUUUCCAUUACGGCUCUUAGUGGCCAAUGUGUUUGUGUAUAAUUGUUUAAGUCGUUUAUAGCGAAUCCAAAGUAAAAAAUAA